CGCAGGGACACGUGACAGCGUCAGCUCGGGCGGCGGCGGAGCGGCAGCGUCGGCAGCGAUGUCCGGGCGCGGGAAGCAGGGCGGGAAGGCGCGCGCCAAGGCCAAGUCGCGCUCGUCGCGGGCCGGGCUGCAGUUCCCCGUGGGCCGCGUGCACCGGCUGCUGCGCAAGGGCAACUACGCGGAGCGCGUGGGCGCCGGCGCCCCGGUGUACCUGGCGGCCGUGCUGGAGUACCUGACGGCCGAGAUCCUGGAGCUGGCGGGCAACGCGGCCCGCGACAACAAGAAGACGCGCAUCAUCCCCCGCCACCUGCAGCUCGCCAUCCGCAACGACGAGGAGCUCAACAAGCUGCUGGGCAAGGUGACCAUCGCGCAGGGCGGCGUGCUGCCCAACAUCCAGGCCGUGCUGCUGCCCAAGAAGACCGACAGCCACAAGGCGAAAAGCAAGUGAAAAAAAAUCCGAGGGGCGUCCCCGCCUCAAAAAGUAACCCAAAGGCUCUUUUCAGAGCCACCCACUUCCUCAUAAAAGGAGCUGUACAUCCUAGAAAAAAAUUAAAACCCCCUACCGUUUCUUAAAAA